AUGGCUGUCAUGAUCUCCGUGGCCUCUCUGUUUUCUGCCCUUCUCGUAUUCUCUAGUAUUAUUGGUUCAGAGGCCCGUCCAACUACAGUACACCCAAAGGUCUUGGAGGACGGCAACGAUAGUGAAACCUAUGGUACAGACGCCCCGGCGGAUUCUGCAGUGAAGGAUACGCCACCGGAAGGCAAAUUGGAGGUUGUCAAACCUACGGAUGACACUGUUGUACGUGAAAAACGAUAUUUUCAACUGCUUCUUCCGCUUUUACCGCUUUUUUUGACAUUCACGCCUCCACCUUUUCAACCUUCCCCGCCUCCACCACCACCACCUCCAGUGCCUCCUCCACCCUCCCUGUUUGGUUAA